AUGUUCUCAAUUGUCACAGGUAUAGUAAGUUCCACUGUGGGAUUACUGUGGAACAAAGCCCGAGAUACAACUGCUAAAAAGCUGAAGGACGGUGAUAUUACAGAUGAAAGAAUUCGUGAAAUAGUCGUGCGAGAACUCAACGACGUCAAAAUCAAAAUUGACGGUCUCUCGCGCAAAGAUUUGCUCAGCAGCUACAGUUUUCUACAGGAAGGAGUACAUUUACUGAUUGUUUCUCUGGAUAAGUGGAAGGACGAGCAAAAAGCUGUGCAAAGCAAAACUCAGGAUGAUCGCGGUGAAACGUCUAGAAUGCCGAGAGGUGAUGAGUCAGCAGAUAUCUUGAACAAAGCCUUAGGACUUUCUCACGUCAUGGGAAAGCUAAAGAUUGUGUCAAACGAGUCUGAAUCUGCGAAAGAACGAUUCAAAGAUGCCCGUAAGGAAGCAACCCAUGCGUUUUGUAAUGAAGCAUUGAAUAUUCACGACCGAAUCUUCGCAGCAAACUCCGUGUCGUUUCAGAGAUACUGGAAUGUCUCGACAAUCCCGACACAGCGGUUACUUCGUGCCUGUUGUUUUUAGAAAAGCUUCAUGAUUUACCUGCCGUUCGCGAGAUAUUCUCGGUGUAUCUCGGUGGUGGAGUUAAGUCCAUCUUCAGUAAAGGUGGACGAGUUGAAAAUGUUAAAUCUGUCAUGAUGAUCAACUAUGUUUUAUAUCAAUUUGUUUUGAAAUUCAGCAGCAAGUAUUGUUCAGUGCUCGCCUGGCCAACAAUUCAACUCUCUGAUCGCAGUUUCAACCCAGUAUGCAAUUGGCAGGACGUUUCGACAACAACGUCUUGGGGAGAAGAAUUGCCGAUCUACCCACCCAAUGAAGUGAACCUCGAUAGAGAUUUCUUUCCGUUUAAUUCUGCUGUAAACAGUCGGGGUGAGAUAGUUAUAUGGUAUGAUAAUGACAUUGAGAUCAUCUCCCGAACAGGUGAAAGCAAAGUGGCAUAUCAAUUUUCCGUUCUGAGCACAGAGAAUAACGAAUGGGAGGUUAUCAAACAAGAAAUUAUAGGUCUCGCUCUUGAUCAAGAAAAUAAUGUGUAUGUUGUACUAUACGGUGAAACGACUACACAAAAUGGCAAUGUGGAUGGCCAUGCAGUAUUAUAUAUAUUGGAUAAACAUUGCAAUCGUGUAAAACACAAAACCGAAUUGACUUUUCUUCCAAAACACAAGACACAUCUGAGAUUAGCUAUAAACAAAGACAAUAACAUUGUAAUGGCGCCAAUCAUGUCCCACUACCAUCAUGUGUACGUCUGUGACCACACUGGGCAGUUAAGAUACAAAUUUGAACAUGAAAUUACUGCGCUAUGCUACAUGAGUGUUUCAGACAAUAAUGAAAUCAUGUUGGCAUCAUUUAUUAUCGUUGAAAUAUACACAGAAGAAGGAAAUCGAAAGUUGGAAAUAGAACUACCAGCAGGUCACAUGGUCCACGGAACGGCAUUUCACUUUGUCAUUCGUAAAAUAAUUGUCUUAACCAGAGGCAGAGGCAGCAGUUCCUGUUUCCUCCAUCGUUACUCUGAAACAGGUCAACUGGAGACCUCAAUGUUCUGUUUUAAUUACAGUGGAGGUUUAUCUCAGAUUACAUCUCAUCCAAGUGGUCCAGUUGCUAUUGUUAGCAAGGGCGGAAACAUAAUCGAUAUAUAA